GAGAGCGAGAGGGAGGGGGGAAGGAGAGAGAGGGUGUCUGGAAGUACAGCCAGCAUGACUCAUAGGUCAGAUUUGCACAAGAGAGCUAUAAAAUGUAUGUGUGUGUGUGUGCAGACAUCUUUGCCUGUGUGCAUGUCUUUGCCUGUGUGCAUGUCUUUGCCUGUGUGCAUGUCUUUGCCUGUGUGCAUGUCUUUGCCUGUGUGCUUGUCUUUGCCUGUGUGCAUGUCUUUGCGUGUGUGUGCGUGUGCAUGUGUGUGAUUGCGCUUCUGGUGAUAUGUGAGAAAUGAGAAAAACAACCAGCUGAUUUUAUCUCCCUCCUAACCCAUGAUACCCAAAAUACCAACGGCAGUUAGAGAGUGUCAAUCAUCAUCUCUGAACACCCAAGAGGAUCGCUCUAUAAAAAUAAGUGAUGGAUAUGACAGCAAGAAGACUCAAGGCUUCGAGAUAAGCAUGAAACCUAAAGUCAUUGUUUCCCAUGAAAUGUGGUUUCUGCUAUUAUACUGACACAGCUAGCACAUAAUGUUCUCAGAACCAUAUGUUUCUUAGAGCUUGGUGAGAGCAUGGUUGUCCUACGGUUAUUUUGCAUACAACCUUCCAACAACUUUCUGGGAAUGGUGCAGGAUAGUGGCUUGGCUUUGGAACAUUCUCAGCACAUUUAAGGAACUUGACAAAAAAUGUAAUUAUUUUAUUAUUAAUGUGGAUUCCACGAUACUUACAUUUCAUUACAAUUUUUGACAUAAGGAAUGUUCUUUAAUAGUUCAGAGAACAUUAACAAACAUUGUUCUUCUGUGGGAAAUUCAGUACUUCAGCAUAACAUUUCCUACAGAACCUCAUGGUUCUAUUUAAAGUAUUUUCUCAAAUUGUUCAGAUAACGUUGAGAAACUUCCCAUUAAAAAAAACACAAGAAAACUUUGGUAACGCUCAGAGAACCUUCUAGGAAUGUUAAUUAAAAAUAUACAUUCCAUUCUCAGCACCAACAAAACUCUAUCUUCUAUCUUAUAAAGUGUGUUCAGAUGUGUUGACCGCACUAAUUGGCCACACCUGAUCUUAAUGAGUGCUUGUUUCCUUUGAAUUGGGUCUGUUUAAAUAUACUGAAAUGAACAGCUUUGUAUGCGUAAAAAAAACAAGGUAUGCUAGCUCCAUCCUGGUGGCGUACCUUCCUGCAACCCAAAAAUGUACGUUCCCAGAACAGGUGAAAUUUUCACUUCCAUUCUCAGAACGUAACCAAAUGUGCCAGCUGGGGAGGUGCAGACUGACUGUCUAGACAAUACAUUCUGCUCCCUGGGUGGCUGUGAGACAGUGUAGAAAACGGUAAAAUCAGUCCAGUCUAUAGUAAAAUGUUAAAUGAUAAGAAGGAUACUGCUCUCAUGCGACUUCCCUGAAAUCCCUGUGGCUGGGUGACUUUUUUUUACCCCUUUUUCUCCCCAAUUGGUAGUUACAGUCUUGUCCCGUCGCUGCAACUCCCAUACGGACUCGGGAGAGCCAUGCGUCCUCCAAAAUCAUGACCCCGCCAAGACGCACUGCUUCUUGACACAAUGCUCGCUUAACCCAGAAGCCAGCCACACCAAUGUGUCGGAGAAAACACUGUACACCUGGCAACCGAGUCAGCAUGCAUUGCAUCUGGCACAGAAGUCACUAGAGCGCGAUGGGACAAGGACAACCCGGCCAGCCAAACCCUCCCCUAACCCGGACAACACUGGGCUAAUUGUGUGCCACCUCAUGCGUCUCCAGGUCGUGGCCGGCUGCGGCACAGCCUGGAAUCAAACCAGGAUCUGUAGUGACACAGCUAGCACUGCGAUGCAGUGCCUUAGACCGCUGCGCCACUCGGAGGCCACGGCUGGGUGACUUACUUGUUGGUCUGUCUCCUAUGGCGGUAUGAUGUCUUGGUCUGUCUCCUGGGGGGGCUCUUUCACUGAUCUGGGACCUGUCUUUUAGGCCAGUGUGGAUUUUCAGCAUGAGAGAGCAGAGUGAGGACAGUAGACUACACACUGAUAGGCAGACUACAGCUACUUUAGAGUAGCGAACACAUACAGUCACUUGGGACCACUGGGCCUUAGUGUGGUGGGAAGUCUCAAUCAAUAAAUCACUCAGGCAGAUGAAAUGGACUGAGGUGUGUGAGUGUGUUUGUGUGUGAGUAUGUUUGUUGUGUGGGUGGCUAGGUUAGAGUAGAAUGGUAUGUUUAAUGUUAUUGGAAGCAGCUCAUGAUCUCCCUCGUCAUUGAGUCCUCUUGCUCUGCUACAUCUAUCUACAUUCCGUGUCUGAUUUGUUGUGAUUUUAACUACUAUAACCAUAACAACAGACAGAAAAUACAAAUCUUUUUGAUGAACUGGUUUGGGCUUAGAUAUAAGGUAGACAAUAAAACUAAUGCACUGUGUAUCACCAUAGAGGCUUCUCUAAAGCAGGUAUUUCCUGACAGGCUGAAGGCACGCUGUAAUGUCUUUUAUUAUUCCCUAGGCAGGAUGAACAAGACUACCAGGAUGCAAUCUGCCGGCGGCUCUGACAAACUGCCCGCAACAGAAACAUGUGCCCCUUUCCUGGGCCAUAGGAAUCCACACAGCCUGGAGCCAGGGCCACUUCCCCAUCCCCUGUCUCUCUUUAUCAUCUAACGACUAUAAGACACGCGACAGGGCGAAGGAGAGAGAAUACCACUUGGCUUUUGUGAGCAGCAGUAUCCAUAGUGACAAAGGAAGUCACUCCAUUGGUGGAUGGCCCCCUCAGGAGCAGACGAGAAUCGUUACAGAAACAUCCACCAACAAAGGACCAAGCAGCGUGGGAACAUGGACUCCUGGACAUGGGAGGAAAUUUUGGACGGAAAAGGACCCUGGGCACAGCCGGGGGAGUAUCGCCGUCCGAAAGAGGAGCUGGAGGCAGCUAGAGCGGAGCGGCGCCACUACGAGGAAUUGGCACGAGGUAACGGGCACGAGAGGCAGCCCCAGAUUUUUUUGAUUGGCAGACUCAGGUAGGAGACCUGAGCCAACUCCCUGUGCUUACCGUGGCGAGAGAGUGACUGGGCAGAAACCAUGUUUUGCGGAGAAGCGGAAGGUGUCCCCAGUGCGCACGCACAGCCCGGUGCGCUACAUCGCAGCUCCUCGAAUCGGCCGGGCUAGAGUGGGCAUCGAGCCAGGAGGGAUGCGUCUCCAGUGCGUCUCCUCGGCCCGGGGUAUACUGCACCAGCCCUACGCACGGUGUCUCCAGUUCGCCAGCACAGCCCAGUGCGGCCUGUUCCAACUCCCCGCACUUGCCGGGCUACAGGGGGAUCCAGCCAGGACGAGUGGUGCUAGCUCUGCACUCGAGACCGCCAGUGCGCCUCCACGGUCCAGUGUAUCCGGUGCCUCGGCCAAGGACAAGGCCUCCUGCAUGUCUCCCCAGCCUGGUGAGUUCUGUGCCUGUGCUAAGCACUAACCCUCCUGCAUGUCUCCCCAGCCUGGUGAGUCCUGUGCCUUCUCCCAGAGCCAGGCAUCCUGUGUGUAUCUCCAUUCCAGUGAUAAUCCAUGGCAAGAAGCCUCCAGUGAUAAUCCAUGGCACAAAGCCUCCAGUGAUAAUCCAUGGCAAGAAGCCUCCAGUGAUAAUCCAUGGCACGAAGCCUCCAGUGAUGAUCCAUGGCAAGAAGCCUCCAGUGAUAAUCCAUGGCACGAAGCCUCCAGUGAUGAUCCAUGGCAAGAUGCCUCCAGUGAUGAUCCAUGGCACGAAGCCUCCUGUGAUGAUCCAUGGCACGAAGCCUCCAAUGAGGAUCCAUGGCACGAAGCCUCCGGUAAGGAUCCAUGGCACGAGGCCUCCAAUGAGGGACGUCAGUCCGGAGCCUCCAGCAACGCCUUCUAGUCCGGAGCCUCCAGCGUCGCCCUCUAGUCCGGAACCUCCAGCAUCGCCCUCUAGUCCGGAGCCUCCAGCGACGCCCAGCAGUCCGGAGCCUCCAGCAACGUCUUCUAGUCCGGAGCCUCCAGCGUCACCCUCUAGUCCGGAGCCUCCAGCAUCGCCCUCUAGUCCGGAGCCUCCAGCGACGCCCUCUAGUCCGGAGCCUCCAGCGUCGCCCUCCGGUCCGGAGCAGCCAGAGUCUCCCUCCUGUCCGGAGCAGCGAGAACCGCCCGUCUGUCCUGAGCUGCCAGAGCCGCCCGUCAGUCAGGAGCUGCCAGAGCCGCCCGUCUGUCCUGAGCUGCCGGAGCCGCCCGUCAGUCAGGAGCUGCCGGAGCCGCCCGUCAGUCAGGAGCUGCCGGAGCCGCCUGUCAGUCAGGAGCUGCCGGAGUUGCCCUUCACUACGGAGCUGCCGGAGUCGCCCUUCACUAUGGCUAGGCCGGAGUCUCCCGCCUGUCCGGCGCUGCCGGAGUCUCCCAUCUAUUCGGGGCCCACUGCAAGGGUCCCCAGUCCGAGGUCGGCGGCGAGGGUCGCCGCUCCAAAUGCGCCACUUAAGCGGACAAAGACUAUGGUGGAGUGGGGUCCAGGUCCCACGCCAGAGCCGCCACCGCGGACAGACGCCCACCCAGACCCUCCCCUAUAGGUUCAGGUUUUGCGGCCGGAGUCUGCACCUUUGGGAGGGGGUACUGUCACGUUCUGCCCUUAGUUCCUUUUUUAUGUCUUUGUGUUAGUUUGGUCAGGGUGGGAGUUGGGGUGGGUAGUCUAUGUUCUUUUUUCUAUGUUAUUGUAUUUCUGUGUUUGGCCUGGUAUGGUUCUCAAUCAGAGGCAGCUGUCGAUCAUUGUCUCUGAUUGAGAAUCAUACUUAGGUAGCCUGUUUUCCCCAUUUUGGUAGUGGGUGUUUAUUUUCUGUAUAGUGUCUGUUCACCUUGGAGAACUGUUUCGUUUUCUCCUCGUUGUUAUUUUGUGUAGUGUUCUGUUUUCAAUUAAAUUAUGACGAACACUUACCACGCUGCAUUUUGGUCCUCUUCUCCUUCACCAGAUGAGAAUCAUUACAGACCUGUUGCCACAAGAAUAGGUCAACCAGUGAAGAACAAACACCAUUGUAAAUACAACCCAUAUUUAUGUUUAUUUAUUUUCCCUUUUGUACUUUAACUAUUUGCACAUCAUUACAACACGGUAUAUAGACAUAAUGACAUUUGAAAUGUCUAUUCCUUUGAAACUUGUGAGUAUAAUGUUUACUGUACAUUUUUUACUUUUGUUUAUUAUCUUUGGCAAUGUAAAUAUAUGCUUUGGCAAUGUAAACAUUUGUUUCCCAUGCCAAUAAAGCCCUUUGAAUUGAA